GAUAUGCUCUUCGUUGCAGUUGGCUGAAUUGAAAAGAAAAAAUUUCUUGUAACCCAAAUAAACCAACAGACAACAAAGAAAAUAAAGCUCUUUGCUUUUCUUGUGGUCGACAAGGUUUAGCAUUUUGGGUGGUAAAACUUUCAUGAAGCUGGCAUCACUUUAAGUUCAAGUGACAAAAAUUAAUGCCGAGCUUCGACGGCAUAGGAAAUGGCGUUCCGGCUUCGGGCAACGUUAUCAACAACGAUGGAGCCCAUAACUUUGGAACUGGAUCUGGAAGCCCAAACUAUGUCCAAGGUUCUGGGUCUAACCAUGUCACUGGCGCAGAGGAGAAGAGACCCUGGGGAAAGAAAAGGUAUGACCUCUGGAGAAAAUAAGAGCUCCCCUUAGGGUUUUUUAGUUUGGCAUUUUAAAUGAAAAUGUUGGGUUGGAUUAUGUAAAAUGGGUAAAGAUUAGUUGUUUAAGUCAUGAAUUAAAUGGGCCAUGGACAUAGUUGUGGACCUGCAAAGGCUUUUGGGUUCAUGUGCGCUUGAAUUGACUGGCCGAGGCUACGCCUGCAGAAUACAAUUUUGAAUUUGGA